UCCCAAUUCUUUCACCGUCUGCACACAUACAGGAUUAGAGAAAGAAAACAAACACAAGGCUGUAUUCUGUGGCGUAAAAGAAAAUCUAAUGACCCAAAGAGAGGAAGUUGUGCUUGAUUUUGAAGACAACAAUGGCCGCAGCAACAGCAAAGACGAAAAUUCAGCAUCGAAAGGUGUUGUCAACGGUCAAAGUGACAAGCUUCGUCAAGACUUGCAGGAAAAGCGCAGAGGCAGUGAAUCAACAAGAAAGAAAAAGCAGGAUCAGCAAAAAACCGAAGAAAGCCACCUCCAAACUUCACAUUCACAAGAAAGCGUGGUGAGGUCUUCUUCGAACAAUUCAACUCCACGAUGCUCGUGGAAAUCAUCAAUAAGCAGAACAAAGUCUCGGCUGAUAGACCCUCCUGAGGAAUCAUGCGCAAAUUCAGAAUCAAGUGAACAAAAAGCGGCAGAAAAUGAUGACAGUGUUGAGGACAUGCCUGAAAUUUACAAGAAAACGAGGUUCAGUGCGUUCUCGCUGCUUCAGUGGCUAUGUCUGGCCUUAAUAAUCGUAGCCUUGCUUUCAAACAUUUGGAUAUCGUGCUUGCAAAAACUCAAACUCUGUGGCUUUCCCCUGUGGGAAUGGGAGACAAUGAUUUUGGUUAUUCUUUGUGGGCGUUUGCUCUCAGGUUGGAUAAUCAAGCUAAUCGUCUUCUUCGUGGAACGCAAUUUCAUACUGCGAAAACGAGUGCUGUAUUUUGUGUACGGUUUGAAACACUCGGUGAAAAACUGUGUCUGGUUGGGUCUUGUUCUGCUGGUGUGGCAUUUUCUUUUGGUCAACGCGGUGAAGAAAAAGGUCAACUACAGGAUUUUGUCGUGUGUGACAAAGGUUGUGGUGUGUCUGUUCAUCGUCACUCUUUUGUGGCUCCUUAAAACGAUCCUCGUGAAGGUCUUUGCCUUGCACUUCCACGUGAAAACGUUCUUCGAACGGAUUCGGGAGGCUCUGUUCAGCCAAUACGUGAUCGAAACGCUGUCGUGUGAUCGAUUGAGGGAAGAGGAAGAAGAAGAAGGUGAAGAUAGAUCCGUUGGGAGGGUGUUGUGUAAUAAGAAGAAGAAGCAAGAUGAUAAAAUGUCGAUCGAGCAGUUGCGUAGGUUGAAUAAGAGAAAUAUAUCAGCGUGGAAUAUGAAAAGAAUGAUCAACAUCGUCAUGCAUGGGUCGUUUACUACAUUGGACGAACGUAUUUUGUGUUCAGAUGUUGAGGAUGAGCCUUUGCUGCAACUUCGAACCGAAAACCAAGCAAAGAUCGCAGCUCAGAAAAUUUUUCAUAACGUUGCGCAACCAGGAUCCCAAUGCAUUUUCUUGCAAGAUGUGAUGCAGUUCAUGCGAAGAGACGAGGCUUUGAAGUCAAUGGAUCUGUUGGGAGCAGCGUGUGCAGAACAUGGAAUUAGCAUGUCUUCUCUUAGAGAGUGGAUGGUGAAUGCUUUCAGGGAGAGAAGGGCACUGGCACUAUCACUGAAAGACACGAAAACUGCUGUGGAUGAUCUCCAUAACAUGUUGAACAUGAUUGUCGGCAUUGUCAUUUUGAUUGUCUGGCUUGCCAUACUAGGAACUCCAAUCCUACACUUCCUUGUCUUCAUGGGAUCCCAGCUUCUGUUGGCAGUGUUUGUGUUCGGGAAUUCUUGCAGAACUGUUUUUGAAGCAAUCAUCUUCUUAUUUGUGAUGCACCCAUUUGAUGUUGGCGAUCGAUGUGAAGUAGAUGGAAUCCAGAUGGUAGUGGAAGAGAUGAAUAUACUGACAACAGUGUUCCUGAAGUGCGAUAACCAGAAGGUUACAUACCCAAACAGUGUUCUGGCUACCAAACCGAUCAGUAAUUAUCAACGUAGUCCAGACAUGGGAGAUGCAGUGGAUUUCUGCAUUCAUGUGUCCACCCCAUUAGAUAAAGUUGCAACUAUGAAAACAAGAAUUAUAGAGUAUAUUGAAAGGAAGAAUGAACACUGGCAUGCGGCACCAAUGGUGAUAAUGAAGGAUGUGGAAGAGUUGAACAAAGUGAACAUGUCAGUGUGGCUUACACACAAAAUGAAUUAUCAGGACAUUAAAGAAAGAUGGAACAGGAGAGCGGAGUUGAUUGAAGAGAUGAUCAAAGUGUUGAAGGAGCUUGAUAUUGAAUACAGGCUUCUCCCCUUUGAUGUCAAUCUUACAAAUCAACCUUCUCUGCUCUCCAAUUGGAAAACUUGUGUCACCUCUCUCUCUUAGUCUCAUUUU